CGAAGAAAAAAAAUUAAGAGAAAAUUGCAUUCCGGUUUUGUCUACGUGUUUUUCGCUGCUCCACUCCCACAAGAGGAAAUAUAAACAUUAUUUUGCAAUAAAAAUUAUCCAGAAGACUGCGUGUAACAUUUGUAGGCUUAAAAAGCUGAUUAAUUUAGACAUUUUGGAAGCCAUGUACUAGUGCUUCAUAGAGACGACGGUUUUCGAUAUACUGAAAAAGCAAUACGACAAGCAGAAGGCAAGUACUUGGUCUUCAAAACAUGAAACCAUCAAUAGGUACGCCACUACUUGUGGCACUUUUAAUGGCUCUCGUUGGUGCCGACGAACACACUCAUAUGUACGAAGAUCACGAAGAAGUGGUUCUAUGGAUGAACACGGUCGGCCCUUACCACAAUCGGCAGGAGACGUACGCUUAUUUUUCGUUGCCGUUUUGCGUUGGAACCAAACAGACCAUCAGUCAUUACCACGAGACUAUGAGUGAAGCCCUUCAGGGAGUAGAGCUAGAGUUUAGUGGAUACGAAAUCGAUUUUAAGGAUGAUAUUGCGCCCACGGAAAUUUGCAUGGUUGAACUUACCGAGAAGAAAUACAAAGCAUUUGUGUAUGCAGUCAUGAAUCAGUACUGGUACCAGAUGUACAUUGACGAUUUGCCCAUUUGGGGGGUGGUUGGUAAGGAGGAGGAUAAAAAGUAUUACAUUUAUACUCACAAAAAAUUCGACGUGAGUUACAACGGUAAGCAGAUAGUUGACGUAACUUUGACACCGGAAAAGAAGGAGCAACUUAAGGUGGGUGCAAAGAUUAAGUUCACCUAUGAAGUCAACUGGAAACCGAGCAAUGUUAAAUUCGAGGAUCGAUUCGACAAAUAUCUGGACCCGAAUUUUUUCCAACAUCGGAUACAUUGGUUCAGUAUUUUCAAUAGCUUCAUGAUGGUUAUCUUCUUGGUUGGGUUGGUAUCGAUGAUCCUAAUGCGAACAUUGCGGAAAGAUUACGCUCGGUACAGCAAGGAUGAAGAGGCGGAUGAUAUGGAACGAGAUCUUGGAGAUGAAUACGGCUGGAAACAGAUUCAUGGUGACGUCUUCAGACCUGCAUCUAACGCAAUGCUAUUUUCUGCAUUGAUCGGCGCUGGUUAUCAACUUACUUCGGUGGUUUUGUGCGUUAUUACUUUUGCCAUUCUUGGAGAAUUAUACACGGAACGAGGAUCAUUGUUAUCGACAUCGAUAUUCGUAUAUGCCGCGACAUCCCCCAUUAAUGGUUAUUUCGGUGGAUCUCUGUACGCACGAAUGAGUGGCAAGUUGUGGAUCAAACAGAUGCUGCUGUCAGCUUUCAUUAUUCCUGCUUUGGUUUGUGGAACAGCAUUUUUCAUAAAUUUCAUUGCGAUUUACUAUCACGCAUCGAGAGCCAUUCCCUUCGGAACAAUGGUGGCUGUAACAUGUAUCUGUAUUUUCGUGAUAUUGCCACUGACGUUAAUUGGCACUAUUGUUGGGCGUAAUCUCGAUGGACAACCGGACUAUCCAUGUCGUGUAAACGCCGUUCCUCGUCCAAUCCCGGAGAAAAAGUGGUUUAUGGAGCCGCUUGUAAUCAUAUUGCUUGGUGGAGUGCUUCCGUUCGGAUCGAUUUUCAUAGAAAUGUACUUUAUAUUCACGUCCUUCUGGGCGUACAAGAUCUACUACGUGUAUGGAUUUAUGCUGCUUGUGUUCUUGAUCCUGAUAAUCGUGACCGUCUGCGUAACAAUCGUCUGCACCUACUUUUUGCUCAAUGCUGAAGACUAUCGAUGGCAGUGGACCAGUUUUAUGUCAGCGGCGUCUACUGCAAUCUACGUGUACAUCUAUUCGUUUUACUACUUUUUCUUCAAGACAAAAAUGUACGGUCUGUUCCAGACGGCGUUCUACUUCGGUUACAUGGCGCUAUUUUCCGGUACUCUUGGCAUCAUCUGCGGCACGGUUGGCUACAUCGGAACGAACAUUUUCGUGCGAAAGAUUUAUUCCAAUGUGAAAAUUGACUAAUUUUACGUUCCUGAACCGUCCGACUCCCCGAGUGCUGCGACCGUGAUGCUUCUCGAUUUGAAAGCUAUUCUUUUUUUUUGUCUCCGUUCGUAGUAUGACAGAACUAAUUAUUUAACGAUUACUUUUAGCCACAACUGAAACAGCAAACAGCAACAAAUAUUAACGCUACAAUGUAAACAAGUUUAAAUGCAAUUGUUGCAACAUUGAAGUCUAAUCUAAACUGUUUAGCUAUGUAAUAAUGAUCGAGUUCUGUGUUUCUUAGCUUAAGUUGUGUAAAACAGUUAUUAAACGAAGGAAAUAGUACAUAUAUUGUUCAAGAUCAUUGAGUUAUAACAGCAAUGUUUUUUAUUAAAAGAAAGUUUUGGUUUUGACACAAAUAUACACCUGAUUAGUUGACUGUACGAGGACAGCAGAAUAGGUAUAGAUUAAUGAAAUUUCGAUGGAUGACACACCGAAGCUUACCCCAAUCGGAAGAUAUGAAGCGCAGUUUAAGGAUUGGGGAAGGAUUUAAGGAAUGAUGUGCAUAUAAAUAGCUGAAUAAUUGUACUCUUAUCAAGCUUCUGUAUGUGGUACUACAAAGGGCAGUUUUUAUUUGAGUAAAAUAGUGAAUCAAUAAACAUAAAAAAACAUC